AUGACUUUGGAAGCUUUUGAGCUUUUAAUCGGCAAAGUUGUACAGACAGACAGUUCGGGUACAAUCCUUGAACCGCUUGCGCCGGCGACGGCGGCCGCAAAACUUUGUUUUACAGGACUACUUUUCUUCUUGUUUCAAGGUUGCGGGUGUGUGGGGCGGGGCGGCGUGGGCGCGGCGUGCGCGCGCAUCCGCAGCGUUCCUCCCGCGCGACCUGUGCUCGGCCUUUGCAUAGUCCGCGAAUCGCGCACCACGAACGAACGCCGCGGAGUUAACUCCGCUACAUUUCACUCUCCGCCGCUCGCCGUACGUACUACGGAUAAACUUUUACAAGUAGCGCUACGCGGUGCUACACGUUUUGUAGACGCUACGAACGAAUAUAAA